AACUGAAUUUAUUUGUUUUGAUAAACAUAGUACAAGUUUAUGGGUGGAAUCCAAAAUUGGCAGUGGUCAACAAUUUAUACAAGUCCUUCACUGUUUACAAAACCCCGCGAACGAUCUUCCUUGUAAGACAUGUCACCAAGCUCAAGUGCAACCCCAUUAACCUCAUCGGAGAACCAAUUCAGGCAACCGGAAACGUCGAUCUCCGGCGGAGUGGACUAUAACGACCCCACCUCUUCCACUCCAUCAUCAUCAUCAUCGUUAUCUCCAAUGACUCAAGCUGUUCAUUUCUCCUCAGGAAACCCUAGGAUCGAAGAGACUCGCGGUGUCAUGCACCUCUUCUCAAACGACACCCCGUCUAAUCUUCCGGUUGGAAGGAAACCUUUAGUUUGUGUGAUUGGAGUACCGAAUCAUAUGACUUAUGCCGAUUUUUGUCAAUUUUGCGCGUCUUUUAUUCACCUCAUUUCCGAAAUGCGAAUUGUGAGAAACGAUGGAGUGGAUGAUAGAUAUUGUGUUCUAAUGAGAUUUGAUAGUCAGGACUCCAGUGAUAAAUUCUAUCAGCAUUUUAAUGGUAGACAGUUUAAUUCUUUGGAGGAAGACCUUUGCCGUGUGCUUUUUACAGUUGAUGUUCAGUUCACUGGCUAUAGUGGUUCACUUGACUCUCAACCUUCCACAGCAAGUACAACUGAACAACCUUCAUGUCCGGUUUGUCUUGAGAGACUGGAUCAAGACAUGGGUGGAAUUCUCACAACUAUUUGUAAUCACUCCUUUCACUGCUCAUGCAUUUCAAAAUGGACAGAUUCUUCUUGUCCAGUCUGCCGAUAUUGCCAGCAACAACCUGAAAAAUCAACAUGUUUUGUAUGUCAAACUUCUGAGAAUCUGUGGCUCUGUAUGCUUUGUGGCUUUGUUGGCUGCGGAAGGUAUAAAGAAGAGCAUGCUAUAAUACAUUGGAAAGAAACACAACACUGCUACUCUCUGGAAUUGGAAACACAACGGGUUUGGAAUUAUGUUGGUGAUAACUAUGUUCACCGAUUAAUUCUCUCCAAAACUGAUGGAAAAUUAGUUGAACUGAAUUCGCAUUGUGUGCACGCUAAUGAUUGUUGCGAAGGUUGUGAAUGUGUAAAUGGUGGAAUUAGUGAGGCUCUCUUGAACAGUAAAGUAGAAGUGAUUGUUAAUGAGUACAAUGAACUCCUGGCCGCUCAACUUGAGACCCAAAAACUAUACUAUGAGACUUUGCUGCAAGAAGUCAAAGAAGACACUGAAAGGGACAAAUUAGAAGCGGUUAAGAAGGUUGUCCCACAAAGACUACAAAAAUUGCAGUCUAAGUUGGAUAGGUGUCUCAAAGAGAAGAAAUUCCUUGAUGAAGUCAAUGAAAAUCUUAUGAAAAAUCAGGAGAUAUGGAAAGCAAAAGUAUUGGAGAUUGAAGAGAGGGAGAAAAAGGUUUUGAAAGGGAAGGAUGAUAAAAUUCAGGACUUGGAAGAACAGCUUAGAGAUUUGAUGGUGCACUUAGAAGCGGGUAAACCUGCAGAACAAGUGUCAGUUUCGAAUGAGAUCAAGGAAGGUGAUGUUUUGCCAAUAUCAAUAGAGACUUCUUCAAAAACCAACUCUCAAAGGAGUAAAAAGGCUAAUAACCGGAGAAAAAACUGAGGGGAUAUCGAGGUUUCCUUGCUCCUGACAGUUGAGAAGGACAUCUACAAAAUCUUCUUCAUCAUAAGCACUAGAUUUUGCUUCUGCCCGUUUACUUCUGUGAUCAUCUAUGAUGCUUUGGUAUAUUUUAUCUGCCAUUUGAUGAAGUUUCUUAAGCCUAGGCACCGUUCUGCUCAACCAGUGGAGCAAUCUGAUGGAAGGAUACAGAUCAGCAAGAGUAAAACCUCCAGCUGCAUCUGCCACUUUCUUCGAAAUUGGUAUGAAAAUCUCUUCUCCCUUACAUAUCUUACCAACCGUUGCUCUUGAAAUGAUGCUAUAGGUCAGAGCAUUGAACAUCUUGCUAAAGUUGAUUGGUGAUCCCGCUGCAUACGAACGCAAGAAUCUCAAAAGCUUCGAUACUUCUUCUUUCCUGAUUGAUCUGAAUGACUGCACGCGUUUUGCGGAUAGUAGCUCCAUUGUGCAAAUUUUCCGCAUUUGUCUCCAAUACUCUCCGUAUGGUGCAAAUAUGAUGUCUUUGUUAUUAUAAGAUAUAACACUUCCAGUAACGCUGCAAGGCCUAUAAGCAAAGAUGAGAUCAUGGGUUUUCAUCACUUCUUUAGCGAUUUCCGGCGAAGAAACGACUAUGGUACUAACCUCACCGAGCUGUAGAUGCAUAAGAGGUCCAUACUUUCUAGCCAAAUCUCGAAGGCGGCGAUGCGGUAGAGAGCCAGCUAAAUGGUGCAUGCUUCCUAUUAUAGGUAGCUUCCAUGGUCCUGGUGGAAGAUUUGGAGUUGAGCUCUUGAUUUCUGAUUUCUUCCAUAUCCUCACUACCAUAAACAUAAAGAUAAAGAAGGUCAAAAGGAUUGGGAAGAAAGAAAAUUGGUCUUCCAUUGAAAAAAAAAAUUCAAGAAAUGCUUGAGGUUAUUAUAAUAACACAGAUAGUCUAACUUCUGUAUUAUUGGAGUUGGUCAUUUGGUGCAUGAUCAUAAUCACAAUAUACGUCCAAAGCUUUGAAUAAUAUAAUACACGUUAAUUAUAAAAUAGAUUUAAAGUAGCUCGAAAAGGACAAAAGGUUACACCUUGCUCUUGGAAUCCCAUGAAGAAAUAUAAACAAAAAUUAAUACAAGUUGGUUUAAGAGAACA